AUGCCUCCAAAACUCACAAACCGAAUCAAACAUAUAAACAACGUCCGACUAGCCGGACAGCCAUCAACAUGGGACAUAACAAUCUCAUAUCCCACCCCCAGCGGCACCAUCACAUCCAUAACCCCGCAUGAAGAGCAAGAUACCAAACAAACACAAACCACCAAGCCUGAAUCCAAGUCCAAAUCAGAGCCAGAAUCUGAGCCUCCACUAGCCUUACCAGCCCUAACACACCCACACAUCCACCUCGACAAAGCAUUCAUCCACAGCAGUCCCAGCUACGCCCCGUUCCUCCCAAAGACAGGAACAUUCCAAGAAGCACUCACCAACACAACAAAAGCAAAAGCUCAAUUCACCCACGCCGACCUGCUCAAACGAGGCGAAUGGCUCCUCGCUGAAUCCUUCGCCGCAGGCGUAACAGCCAUGAGAGCAUUCGUCGAAGUAGACCAUACAGUCCAACACGCCUGUCUCGCAGCAGCCAGCGAACUCAAAGAGAAAUGGAGCCCAGCAGUCGAGAUUCAGAUCGUCUGUUAUGCCCAGGAUCCGAUUUUCUCUUCUGACCACGGCGCCGAGAAUCUGCGCUUCGUCUCAGAUGCCCUGGAGAUAUAUCCCCAGAUCGAUGUUCUGGGCACGACGCCGUAUGUUGAGACGAGUGUCGCGGCUGCGAAGAGGAACAUCGAGUGGGCUGUUGAGUCUGCCUUGCGAUGGGAUAUCCAUCUCGAUUUCCAUCUUGAUUAUCACCUUGAUGGGGAGAGGGAGCCGCUUGUUUGGCAUGUUGUGCGUGUGCUCAAGGCGCGUGGUUGGACGACUGCGUCGACGGGUAAGCGGGUUAUGCUGGGUCAUUGUUCUAGACUUACACUUUUCUCGGAGGAGGAGUGGAUUAGACUUGCGGGUGAGAUCCGUGAGAAUGAUCUGCCUGUUAGUUUUGUGGGGUUGCCUACGAGUGAUGUCUAUAUGGCGUCGCCGCCGGCUGGGGGAGAUGGAAAUGGGAAUGAGCUGGCACCUCAGUCGCGGCUGAGGGGUACGUUGCAGAUACUAGAUAUGAUUCGGAAAUAUGGACUUGAUGCUGUGGCUGGGGUGAAUAAUGUAGGUAACUCGUUUACACCGUGGGGAUUGCCGGAUCCGUUGGCUUUGGCUUGUCUUGGUGUUGGGGUGUAUCAGGCUGGGAGUCAGGAUGAUGCGGAGUUGUUGUUUGAGUGUGUCUCGACUAGGGCGAGGGUUGCUAUUGGGUUGAACUGUUCUGAUUCUGAUGUUGGUUCUGGGCUUGCUAUAAAGGAAGGAUCCAGGGCUGAUCUUUUGUUGGUUUGUUGUCGGGAUGAUACUGGGUGUGGAAUUGUUCGACCCCGGACGAAUGCUGCUGAGGUUGUGUGGACUCCUCCAGAGAAGGUGAAUAGGGAUGUAAUUUCUGGUGGACAGUUGAAGAUCUCGCCAUUUGGAAGCGCGGAGUCCGAAAAUGUGUAUCGGUUCUUGUGA